AUGUCCUCUGCUCAUGAUGCCACCACCAAGAUCUCCAUUGACAAGUUCGACGGCGACAACUACGCGACGUGGAGCCGCUACAUGCGUGGCGUGUUCCUGACCAAGUCGGCGUGGCACGUGGUGAACCGGGAUACCACCCCCACCUUCGCCGAUCCUCGCGCCAGUGACGACUACGUCAAGACGAACAACAUUGCGUUCGGCUUGAUGCUUCUGCACAUAAGCGCGGAUUAUCAUCACGUGGUUGAUGACUGUGAAGAGGCGUGGGUCGCGUGGGCGCGUUUGAAGACGCUGUACGGCGGGUCGCAGAAGGCUGGACGCAUCUACUUGAAGCGCCAGCUGUUCAGCAUGGAGAUGGCGGAAGGCGACAAUGUGAUGCAUCAUUGCAACGAAGUCCUCAACAUCAGCGCGAAGCUGGCUAGCAUCGGCGCCAAGAUGGAGGACGAGGACGUUGCGAUCUGCUUACUGCGCAGUCUGCCCAAGAGUUUCGAGAACCGGCAAGGUGCGAAGGCUACGGUGAAGACUGAAGACGCGGCCAAGGCGUUCAGUACCGAGCGUGAACCUCGCCAGUGUACAUACUGCGGAAAAUUGGGGCACACGGCGGAGCGGUGCUGGACCAAGCAGAAGGACGAAAAUCAAGGUGGAGCUCGACGCGGCGGCAACAAUGCUCGUGGACGCGGAGCCAACAACGUUCAGUGGCGAACCAACAACAACAACAACGACGACAACUACGAUCGAGUUGCGUUCGCGGUUUCGCUGGAGGCUGGACUUUCGACGGGCAAGAAUAUGCCAGGGAUGUGGGCAGUCGACAGCGGUGCGACGCAUCACAUCUGCAACGACAAGGCCAAGUUUGCAAGUCUGAAUGAGCGAGAGGAAGGCGAACUAUCAGUGGCUGAUGGCAGCAAGGCUGCGAUCAAGGGUGUGGGAACCAUCAUGGAACGGGUGGUUCUGCCCAAUGGUGACGAACGCGACAUCGAGAUCAAGGACGCACUGUUCGUACCAAGUAUGAGCAAGAAUCUGCUUUCGGUGCCACAGAUCAACAAGGGUGGCAGGUUCCAAGUCGUGUUCGAUGGAUCCAAGAUGCAAGUGAAGCGCAAGAAUUCCACACAAGUCGUGGCAACAGCGGAUCUCGUCGAUGGACUUUACUGGCUGCGGACUCCUCAACGAUCGGCAAAUGCAGCAACACGCAAUGGGACCAUCGACUUGCAUGCGCGCAUGGGUCAUGCACCCCUCGAAGUUCUGCGCAAGAUGGUGGCCACUGGCAUGAUCAAGGACGCCAAGGCACCUCUCAACUCGACUGGUCCAAGUGUGUGUCGCGGUUGCCAGCAAGGAAAGAUGGUCCAAAAACCAUUCCCAACCAACCGUGACAAACGCCAAUAUGGUGUGUUCGAGUUGCUGCACUUCGACAUCUGCGGGCCAAUGGAACAAGUCUCGAUCGGCGGCAGCAAAUACUUACUGCUUGUGGUUGAAGAAGCUAGCGGUUGCAUGAAGGGCUUCUGUCUGCGGUCCAAGUCUGAGAGUGAAGACUGUAUCAAGAACCACAUCAUCAAGAUUCAAACUUAG